GGCACCGAGGGCAUUAAAGUCUGGGAUAUCAAAUCUCGGAAAGAACUCACAUGCUCAUCUCAUAACUACGAGUCCCGAGGCACAGUCAGCUGCGCUGUCUGGAUUACGACAAGACUGGCCAUGACAGAAACCCUUUGCUAUGGAACAGGGCUUGGUUACAUCGUGUUUUUGCGACGUAGCCCAGUAGAUAUGCUUUUUCAGGAGACUUGCACCAGGAGGCUCGGAUCGGGCUUCGAGAUUACAUGUCUGUCAUGGGAUAUGUCCUCUGAAGGGAGUACUCGGAUUGCAGUCGGAACAAGGGACAAGAUAGUUCAGGUACUUGUUCUAAACACGAACUCGCAACUGGAGGCCGUUUUCGCGGUGCGACUGGACAACACUGUGCCGAAGUCUGUAGCAUUUGCAGACGAUAAAGGUGUUUAUGUGUUUGGACUAUAUGACGGCAACUUCAUCAAGCUGAAGGGGGAUGACGGCGCAGUAGUGAAGGAAUAUAGUUGCCAAUCGGUGAUCGGACAUGCGGCAAUCAACCAGAAGAGGGGUGUGUUUGUGGUAGACAACGCAACCGACGGGUUUACGUUGUACCGACUUCUCGGUGAUGAGGAGCCAGUUCGAACUUUCAUCACCGCUCCUCCCAGUGUAUCAGUCCCAAAGCAGGUGGCAUUCGGUGCCGAAGGGAGGUUGGUGGUAGGUGGGAGUGACAAUGGUUUGGUAUAUAUAUUCGAGAGGAAAACGGGGAAGUUACUGGAGAGUCUUCAUCACUCCAAUGCCGGCCUGGUGCAGACAAUAGCCGUAGGUGUUGACUUGAUUCGGAGAUGUGGUGCUGAUUGUAUUUCAGACACGUGA